CCCCUCCCCCCUCUCCCUACUCCCCCCCUCCUGCCACCUACCACCGGAUCCUCCUACCCGCUCCUGUCUUUCAUCGCCCGCUGAUAGAAUGGCCGCGACGAUCAGCUCGCUCCCCGCGCCCCGGGCCCCAGCCGAGCCGGAGCCCGCUUUCGAGCCGAUCCAGCGCGAAGAGCUGGUCAGUUACUACCGCAACCUCUUCCCCUUCAACCAGCUGGUCCAGUGGCUGAGUUAUCCGGCCGAGGUGCCGCCAAGCAAGAUCAAGCAGGAGGCCACCGAGUCCUUCUCCUCGGCGGUCAUCAGCGCCUCCGCCUCGCACUAUCUUGCCCGGCGUGAAUUUGCCAUCGUCCUGCAGCCCUCCGGCGCGGCGCCGGGGACCGAGAUCUUCCGCCGACAUCUGUCUUUCUUGGACUCGGGGGCCCUCCGUCGGGCCAUCAUCGCUGACCACACGGUCCGCUUUGAGGUGGGGGCCAUUCACCCGCGGCCACCCAACCUCAACCGCCCCGCCUCCGGCAAGACAGCCUUCCUCUCGGCCUCCCUCCCUCUGGAGCGCGAGCUGGUCUUUGAUAUUGAUAUGGAUGACUACGACCGGGCCCGGUCCUGCUGCAGUGGCAAGCAGUGCUGCCGCCGGUGCUUCGGGUAUAUCGCCUGCGCCGGGGACAUCCUGACCACUGCCCUCCGGGAGGACUUCGGCUUUGAGCGGACUCUCUGGGCGUAUUCCGGCCGGCGAGGGGCUCACCUGUGGGUGGCUGACCGUCGAGCUCGGCUCCUGACCCCCGACGCUCGAGGGGCCAUCGUGUCCUACUUGAACCUGGCCAGUGAGGGGGAUGACGGGCACUUCCGGAUCCUCGGGCCGCGGCUGCCGCCCACCCUCCGGGCGCGCGCCAUCAUCCGACGCCACUUCGAGCGGGUGGUCCUGCGCGAUCAGAAUGCCUUCAACCAUGCCAAGACCCUGGCCUUCAUCGAGUCCAUCCUGUCUGUGGCCCUCUCUCGCGAUGUGUACGCCCGAGUGCGUGACGAGUGGAACCGCAUCGGCACCGGCCCCGACAGCCUGGAGCGGUGGGCGGCUCUGGAGCGGCUGGUCCCUGGGGAGGCGUGCGACACCCUCAUGUUUGCCUUCUGCCACCCGCGUCUUGAUGUGCAAGUCACCCGGCAGACGAACCACCUGCUGAAGAGCCCCUUCUGCGUGCACCCGGCCACCGGGCGCAUUUGCGUUGCCCUGUCGACCGAGGAACUGGCCGACUUCGAUCCCGAGGCCGUGCCGACCAUCCGAUCGGUCGAGAGGGAGCUCAACCGGUCGGAAACGGCCGACCGCGAGCCGGCCGACGAGGCGGACUUCACCACGCGCAACAUCCACCGGACCAGCCUCCGCCGGUCGCUCCUGACGCUCGAGGCCUUCUUGCAGUCGCUGCAGCCGGCCGCCAUGCCGUCCGAGUGAUCAGGGGCGCGUUCCCUCCCCGUCCGCCCGCC